GGGGAGGAUUUAUUUGGCGGCCGCAAGGGCGGCAAGGGCACUGCUCGCGAGGAGAGAGAGUGGAGAUCGGCAGAGCCUGCAGGGACGGGACAGGACGGGAGUGCGUCCUACGGCCUUGUGAGGCAGCCCCCACUCGUCCUGUGCAGACAUGCACCCGUGGCGGCCAGGUGUCCCCCGGGGCUGCGCCCCUAUGCUGGGGCUCUGAGUGCGUCCUGGCGCCUGGGCUCACAGCACUGCACUGCCGCCAGGGUCCAAAGCCGCCAGUCAACAUGCGCUGGGCUUGGGCCACCGCCAUGGCCCUCCUCUGGCCGCAGCUCGAGCUCCUCAGGGUCGUCGGGGCACGGCGGGAGCCCAAGAGGCUGCGGCAGCCUGGCCAGCGCCUGGUGUCCCCCAACGCCACCACGUCCAGCAGCGAGGGGCUACCAGGCUUCCCCAAGUUGCCUGAGGCCUCAGGGCCUCAGUUCACAGAUGCCCACAUGACAUGGCUAAACUUUGUCCGGCGCCCAGAUGACGGGGCUGCAAAGAGACGGUGCCGAGGCCGGGACAAGAUGUCGCGAGGCCUCUCUGGCCCCCCAGGGCCUCCUGGGCCCCCGGGACCCCCUGGACCCCCCGGCGCAGAAGUCACCCAGGAGGCUGUGCUGCGGGAGUUCCGGGAGAUGCUGAAAGAGGCAACUGAGCGUCGGUUCUUGGGGCUGCUGGACCCCUUGCUGCCCGAGGGGAUGGGCAGAUGGCUGGUGGCCGAGGCCUUCCACUGUCGGUUGAAGGGCCCGGUGCUGGUGGAUGCGAAGACUCUGGUAGAGCUGCAGGGCUUCCAAGCCGUGGGGCCUGCUGGGUUGGGGCUGUUGGCCACAAGCCCUCCCCCGGGCUGGGUGUGCAAGUUGUCUCCGCAGCCUGCUCUUCCCUGCUUCCUCCAGCCCGCUGCCCAGGGCGCCUUCCUGCGGGGGUCAGGCCUGAGCCUGGCCUCUGGUCGGUUCACAGCCCCAGUGACUGCCAUCUUCCAGUUCUCUGCCAGCCUGCACGUGGGGUGCUGCAGACAGGCCUGUCUCCGCAGACUGCAGGGAGCUGCAGGGCAGGGCACGGCUGCGGGCCCGGGACACGGUGCGGGUGCUGGUCUGCAUCGAGUCCCUGUGCCAUCGCCACACGUGAGUCCCUGGAGGCCAUCUCUGGCCUGGAGAGCAGUGGCCGGGUCUUCACGGUUCACGUGCAGGGGCUGCUGCAGCUGCAGGCUGGACAGUAUGCCUCUGUCUUCAUGGACAACGGCUCCGGGCUGGCCCUCACCAUCCAGAGUGGCUCCAGCUUCUCCGGCCUGCUCGUGGGCACGUGACGACACUGACAGGGCCGCAGGGGAGCUGCCCUGCCACAUUGCCCUCUGGUAGACCUGUGGUUAUCGCAAUAAAGAGCCCCCAGCCCUA